AUGCAUUUCUCAGCCCCCCUUGCUAUCCUCGGCCUUGCCAUGACUGCUUCCGCAGCCCCAAGCUCAGAGAACACCGCCAGAGCUGUCGUCAGUGGCAACAACCAAAACGGUUCCAUCUAUCGAUUUGGUUCUCCCACUGAGUGCCGCCAGAUUUUCAGGCAAUAUGGUGCCUGUGGCAUCAGCACCUAUUUCAAAAACGUUGACCCCAACGCCUCUCUUGUUGCUAUGCCUGCCGAGGUCUUUGACAGAUAUGGUGCCGCUCAGAACAACAAGCUGUGCGGCAAGACCAUCACCAUGACUCGCAAUGGUGUUACCCGAAAGGCUGUCGUUGCGGACCGAAACCUCAGCAAUGACCACUCUAUCGAUAUGUGUCUGGAUAUGUGGCAGGCUUUCGGGGGCCGUGAUAAUGACGGCACUGUGAUCCACGGCUUCAAGUGGACUGUCAAUAUUUAA